AUUACGGUCCCGCGGGCUUUUUGCCGAAAGUGUUGCAUGUAAACCUUGUGGUCAUUUUCGAAUGGUGUCAAAUGUUUGUGCUCAUGAUGAAGAAUGUCUGAGUUCGGACCUCGAAAAUACAAAGAUAUGUUCGCAGGCAAGUUGCCGCCGCGUUGCAAAUCAUUGUUCGAACCUCCUUGAUGCAGUGCUUAUAUUCAAAACAUGGUUUAUUCAAAGGCAAAAUGAUCUUCCACCUACAAUUACUGAAAUCAAUGCUAGAUCCAAUGACGAUGGAGCUGUUCAACCUUACAGUAAUUUAACCAAUGGUCAACACUCAAUGCUACGUGAUCAAAUAAAUCAAAAUACUUCCAACAUUGAACGAGACUGGGCAUUACUGCGUGCUAAAAGAGCUGAAAGUCAGUUGGUUCGUCUACGGAGUUCGUGUAUGGGCAUGCGAGCCCAACUUCAAGCUGGUCUUCGCCACAAGCUUGAAGCAGAACAACUCCGAAGGGAAUUGGAAAUGACCAAAGAUACUGUUUCUCAUUAUCAAAGUAUCAUUAAUGAGGGUAAUCGCCUGCGAGAUGAUUUACGUGAUGAGCUAACUCGUGUUCGUAAAGAAGCUGCAAUUGCACGUUCACGAUUAGCAUCAGUAAAAACUCAACGUCCUUCUGCUAGCAGUCCUAUGACUAGCACUCCACAUACUCUCAUCUAUCGAGAUGAUUUCGAUGAGAUUGACACAACGGCUACAACAAUGAUAGCUAUGGUUGGUCAUUCUGAAAUUGGUCAGUCAUGCGAUUCACCUCAUCAAGAUGCAAUCAUUCAAUUACGAAGAGAAGUUGAACGUCGUAUUAGAUUAUCUGAGUCACUUAAAGCUGAGAUUAAAAAAUUGCGAGAAACAAUGAGAGGAAUGCUUGAAAAGGAAGUUUUUCAUUCUCGGCUUAUUGAUUCAAUAAAAACAGAAUUUCAGGUAUUAUGUGAACCUGUUUGGUGUUUAUUACAAAAAAAUUAUGAUUUAGAUCAGUUAAAAUCUUUAAAUUCAGUGUUAAACAUUCAAUGUAUGGUACGUAUAAGUAAAUUACUUUCUAUUCAAAUACCUGAUCAUGUUAUUAUGGAGUUAAAUCAAUUCACUGAAUAUGAAUCCACUUUAAAAGUAUGUCAUACAUUGAAAAGAAAAAGUUCAAAAUUCACAACUAUUUCUAAUAAUAAAUUAUCUAAGAAGAAUUCAAUAGAGACAGAUGAGAAUAGUUCACAAAUAGACUUGAAGUUAUCAAAUGUUAAAAGUUCUACGAAACAAAUUUCUAAUGUUAGUAAUCACCUUCAUCAAAACCGUGUAAAUGAUGUAGACAAACGGUUAAUCAACUCAUUUGAAGUGGAUUUGGAUCAACCUCAAGAUGAUCAUAAAUUGAAAACUGUUAGUAUGCUGAAAAAUGAAUCCUUUUGUGAAGAAGACAAAGUAGAAGUAAUGUCACAGUCUUCAUCAAGUGAAAAUGAACUGGGUAAGUCGUGUUCAGGCAGUCUGAAAUUCCCUGAUUUAUCUUCUGAUGAUGAUGAGGACGAUGGUAAUGUUGCCCAUACAGAUAAUGAUAAUAAUUAUAAUCCUGGAGAUUCAUCACACUCUCGUACAAAUAUGAGUAAAGAUCACAGUGAAAUUAUGAAAUCCCUAUUGGAUGAAUUGAAUCCUACAACUUGUAUCUCCUCUGCAUCAACGGGCCUUGAUGUUGAACCAAUGAACACUAGUUCCUGUAAUUUUCACGAAACAUUUAUCAAUGACUCUAAUUCUUGUGUAGUAGCAGAUAUGCAGUUAACUGAAAAUACGAGUACAAACUUACAGUCAAUGUGUCUAGAUAAUAAUCAUCAGUCACCAAUGCGUCUACUUGAUUCUGAGACGUCUACGCUGAGUAUUCCAAAAAAAAAUACUACUGAAAUCAGUGAUAUAUACAGUGAAGAAGUUGUAAACACACCAGACUCACAGAUGUCUAAGACAUCGAAACAAUCUCAUAAAAUGAUUACUCGAAGUAGAUUAAAAAAUAUUUCUCAUAUUACAGAUUCUACACAUACUACACUAUCUAUUCAUUUGAAUGAUACUAUUUCUAAUAAUUCACCUGAAGAAGUCAAUAAUAUACGAAAUUCUAUGAAAGAAAAACAAACAAGUUAUUCAGAAAAUGAACAAAUUAAAACAAAUUCUAUAUUAAAUAAUUAUUCAUUCACAGAUAAACAUACUUCACACUUGAAUAUAUCAAUAAAUAAAUUGAAUAUUGAAUUAUUCUCCUUAUUAACAAAUAAAUAUUCGUCAUCUAUUUUACAAUGGUGUAAUUAUUUAUCAUCAUCAAGUAUACUAAAUGAAAUUUCAAAUCUUAUCAUUAAACAAUAUAAUAAUUUUAAUGUUUCACUUCAUAAGACAAUAGUAUUGAAUACACCUGAAAGUCCAAUAAUACAUAGAGAAGAAUCGGUUCAUAGUAGUGAUACUGAAAAAGUUGAUAUACUCAAUGAAGGAAUGUUGAUGAUAGUUUCUGAUUAUUGUUCAUCUAUACAAAGUGUAAAUACUUUGAAAGAAGAUGAAUUAAAAGAGAAAUGUAUAAAAUUCUUAUUAUCACAUACUACUACUACUACUACUACUACUACUACUACUACUACUAAUAAUAAUAAUAAUAAUAAUAAUAAUAAUAAUAAUAAUAAUAGUAAUUUAGUUGUCAAUCAAUUAUUACCACCUAUGGAUUUAAUUGAUGAAUUAAAGCAGACUAGUAUAGGACUUCAGAUUAUUUUAUCUGGGAUUAGUACAAUUUUAAUUCGUUUGCCUUAUUCAAACCGUUUAGUAUUAAAGCCAAUUAGUGAAAAUUUUAUUACUUUAUAUUAUGCUAUUUUACAUAAUACUAAUCAACAUAUCUCCCAUAAUGAUAAUGAUUAUUAUUAUUAUUAUUAUCAAUGUACUGAUUGGUUAAUGAAUAUAUCAAAUAAGUUUAUUACUAUAUCACAAUAUUUUAUUAGUUGUGGUAUUGUUUUUAAAUUAUUAUCUAUUGAUAAUAGUAUUGAAAGAAGAAAAUGGUCUAGAUUAUUUCUAGCUGAAUAUAUUACUUAUAUCUUUCAAAGAUCAUAUAAAAAAAUAAAUUUUACAUUAUCUUUAUUACCUUAUAUAUUAGAGAGUUGUUCAAUUAGUUAUCCUAAUAUAUGGGAUAAUAAUGAACAAUUACAAGAGGAUGUUAAUCAUUUUUCAUUAUGUUAUAUAACUGUUACAUUACAAACUUUAUUAAUUUGGCAAGAAAUAAGAGAAUAUCGAAAUAAUCAAUACUGUAUAGAUAAAGAGAAAAAUGAUACAAUAGAUAAUAUUUAUUUUGAUAAUAAAAAUGUUUAUUGUAGACUUCGUGAAAAUGGUUUAUUACCAAUGAAAAUAUCAAAAUUUUCAAUAUCAACGGAAAUUUAUAAUUUUACAUUAUCACAACAUACAUAUGAUAUUCGAUGUUUAUGUCUUCAACUAGUUGAUGCUUGUUUAAAUAUAUCCCGUGAUUAUACAAUAAAGGAUAAUAAUAAUAAUAAUAAUAAUAAUCAAGUGAAAUUAUCCAGUAUAACAAUUAAUCUCGAUGUGAUUUAUUCAUUACGAUUAAUUUUAUCAGCAAUGAUAUUUAUUGUUGAAGAAGAAGAACAAGAAGCAAUAGUUAAUUCACCUAAUAAACUAAUUAUUAAUCCAUCAAAAUCGAAACAUCAUCAACGUACUCGAAGAUAUCGACAAAUAGAACGAAAUCGUCAACAUGGUUUAUGGGGAUGGCUUCUUCAAAGUCGUCUAAUUCCAUGGUUGAAAAAGUGUUUAAAAUCAAAAGAUUUAUCAACAAACACUGAAGUGUUGAACCUCAUCAGCCGUUUAUCCUGUCUAAUUGUUGACAUUAUCACCUAUGGCUUGCAUUUAUUUCAAACAGCUAAUCCUGGUCCACAUUAUGAAUCUUUAAAACAAGUUAUAUAUCGUUCUGGAAUUCAUCUUUUAACUAUGCUUAACGGAGCUGUAAAAACACUGAUUAACUGCUGUCUACUAUACACCUAUUUAAUAUGUUUAUUUCGUUUGAUUAGAUUUUAUCGUAGACUAGUCAUUGAAUCGAUUAAUAAACUGCCAACAGAAACAAUAAUAAAAUUGAAUAAUUGUAUCAACCAUUGUGAAGUGGUUUCUUAUCCUCUCUGGACAUCAUCAUCGUCAUUCUCCUCCUCAUCAUCAUCAUCAUCAUCAGCUACUUCAUCAUCGUCAUACAAUUGUUCCUUAAUAGAUUUAAUUGAACAGUCAAUUACUCUUGUGAAAAAUAAUGAUGAUAAUAAUAGUAAUAAUAAUGAUGAUAAUAAUGAUAGUUUAACUAUAUGUAGACGGCAGGAAAAUGAUAUCCCUGUAAAUAUGCUUGAGGAGUAUUCACAAAAAUGUCAAACAAUACUGUAUAGAUUGAAAAUGUAAAGUAUCAAUAUUAUAUAUGUAUAUUCAGGUUAUUAACCGCAUAUUCUAUCAGAGAAUGCAUUUCUACAGUGUUUUACUAUUAUUAUUAUUAUUAUUAUUAUUAUUAUUAUUAUUAUUAUUAUUAUUAUUAUUAUUA